CAAGAACAACUUCCUGAUGUUAAAUAAAUGUUUUUCUCGAUUGUACCUGAGAAUUCCUAACAAACCAGUAUCAGUAAUGAAGUGCUACAGUAGUCUCCUGUUAAUAUGUUUUAUACAAAAUAUUCUCGCUGUGAAAGUGAAAGUCAUAAUGCAUUCCGAACAAGAGGAUUCCAGAAUGGAGGAAGAAGAUAGUCCACAUACCGAAAGUUGGGAUUAUAAGAAAAAGGUUGAAAUAACUAUGUUACCUUUUCUACGGAAAGCUCACAGGCAUGCACUUGAAAAGCAGAUAGAGUAUGAAGAGGAGAGACCAACUACCGAGAAGACUAAGACGAUCCAUCCCAACGAAAUGAUAUUUCCCUUGAUAUAUCGCCAAAGUCAUAUAAAUAGUAUGUUUAAAUUCGGUGAGAACUGGUAUACUUGGUCAACUGAAAAGAGGACAGAUGGGUCGAAGGCAAUCAAUUAUUAUGUUUGUUCCGACGAACCGAAGCACUGUGAUGAAGUUGGUUGGGAGCGCACAGAUGCAAUACCAAGAUGCGCAUUUCAAAUAGAUUCCCUGAUGCCAGAUGACCGCGCUUGUUUGAACAGUUUUGGUGUGGAGCCUCACACUAACGGGGUUUGCGAUGGAGGCGAACAAAUGAAGGUUAGCGACAUGGUACGAGCAUGUGGUUCACGGAUACGUUCUUUGUGGCGAUUCUUACGCGUGGGACAGAGGCCUGCCAACGCAGCAAAACCAGCUGAUGUUAAUUCUCUAAUUUGCGAAGACGAAGAGGAGUGUUAUAUCACUAUUGAAUAUAGAGUACACCACGACAGGAUUACCUUUUCUCUUCACGAGCCAUCUCGAGGACAGACCUUCAAAAGUGCUUUAAAGCGAGAAGUACCCACAGAAGAAGAAAAUAAAGUAUCAGUAGUUGCUGAAACCCGACCACGUGUCGCACACAAAGUCAAAAAAACACGCGAAGAUGAACAACACCCACGGAAAAAGUACCGUUUGAGAUCCAGAAGUAAAGUUGCUGAAGGCAAAGGCAUUGUGAAGGAAAGAAACGACUCCGGUUAUGGAAGGAGAACUUUGAAAAAUAAAAUUAAAAUAAAAGAAGAUAUAUCGGAAGAUGUUUCUGAUAAGUGACUCGUUUUAAAAUAUAGAUAUGUUUUGUAAA